GGCUUUUAUUUUGAAGAAAUCAGACGGUUAACAGGAAGUAUCAGUUUUGUUUCGGUACUUAAACGCACCAUCGAGAGACUGUCACAGCAAGAGACGACACAAGACUCAGGUAUAAGAGAUGUCCAUCACUGCUGACAAAAACAAAUCCAAGGGAGUGACUGUGAUCACUGUGGCUCCUGACAGUGAGAGCAUGUUACCACCGCUGAACUGCCCACGGGGGUGCUGCAAUGCAUCUCUGGGGACAUUGCAGAUCAUGGUGGGCCUCUUCAACAUUGGACUCGGGCCAGGGCGAACAAGCUUUCACCCUGGGGAUUUUGCUAAUUUGGAAGCUGCUUACUGGCUGGGUGGUGUGUUCAUCCUAACUGGAAUCAUUUCAAUUCUGGCCAACGGUUUCCCCUCUUGUGGCUUGAGGUGCUUCGCUCUGUUUAUGAACAUAAUUGCAUCCAUCAUCGCCGCCGUUGGCAUCGCGCUGUAUGCCGUUGAUCUGGACGGUCCCUCUCUUGCCCGGUUGUGUGACGACAGCUCGUCCUCUGACUGGUAUUAUGGUUCCAGUGACAACUGCAAAUAUGUGGCGUACUAUUUGGAGCGUUUGAUCACAGGCAUGGACAUUGCUAUGAUCGUCAUGACUGGUCUCCAGCUGCUUGUCAGCGUUACCUUUACUGUUCGGUUCUGCGGUAGGAUGAAGAACGAGCAGGGGGACGAGGAUCCUGAGAUUCACAAGCCCCUGCUGAAGGAAGUCCUCAUGACCAGCCCUGGUGCUUAAAAUCAAAUUCAUCCAGACACAGGAGAUAAUUAAGCAAUCCGUCCAUGUGAUCCAUGUAAUCUUCUUUCUCAUAUACCAGCUGAAAAUAAUCAAAACUGCUUUUAUUACAAAGACACUACAUUGUAAUGCUUAAGAGGAGUCUGUAGUUGUCUGGCACAAUGUGAUAAUCACUUUUUUUUCUCAAACUUGCUUGAAUAAAGAAGAAAAAGUGGUGACGCCCGUACAAA